AUGUCUAGCGAUUUCGCUAUCUAUAUUCGAGACAAGCUUUUCGACAGCAAAACAUCUGUCGACCAUAAAAUCUUACAUAGUGUAAACAAGAAAGGUGAAUUUGUUCUAAAGUUCUGUUUCUGGGAAUAUGACAAGAACCAUAAAACAUUAAGCAGAGAAGUCUUAAAAUUUGUCAAUGACAGACUUGUUGACAGAGAUGACGCCUCUUGGAGAGAUGAAGUCCAACAAAACUUCUUAGAAUGCAAAGAAGACACAUGCGCUGUUCUUGAAAAUGAAAUAGAAAACAGAAUAGAAGAGCUAUUAAAUGACAA